UUAGAGGUCUAGGCUGUUAGGGCCCUUACACAAUGACAGAGAUCAAUGCUAUACCUUUUGGGCCUAGAUUUUAUAGGCGUCCUUAGUCCCAUAAGUUUGUCAGCACUCCCUGAACUUCUCUGGGUAUUGGGAUCCACAGUUUUUCAUCUGUCUUUUCUGCUUCCUGUCAUUUCUGUCCCUACUGCUCCGGAACUCUUCAGAUGCAUUCUUGCUGACAAGAUACAAGCUGCUGCCUUCACCAUCGCUAUUGUCCUGAUACCAUUUCUGCAGUCAUCUCUUCAUAAUGCAAGCUCAACCAAGUCUAUGAAUGACAAAGAUCAAAAGUAGUUCUAGAGGCCAGAUCUGACUCCUAAAAACAUCAGAGGGAGCCUGUGCCAAAUCUUUCCCCUGGAAGCCUGCCAACAGCUUGUUUGAGGCAGAAUGGCAACCCUCACAUUUGUGCUGCUGGUGGUGACCAUUGCAGGUGGUGCCUGUCAGCAGUGCAGUGAGGGGAGGACCUAUUCCAAUGCAAUCAUUUCACCUAGCCUGGAAACCAUUAGAAUCAUGCGGGUGUCGCAGACCUUCUCCAUGGGUGACUGCACGGCCGCUUGCUGUGGCCUGGCCAGUUGUGACCUGGCUUGGUGGUUUAAGGGCAGCUGCUACCUGGUGAGCUGCCCCCACAGAGAGAACUGUGAACCCAAGAUGGGCCCCGUCAAAUCGUAUCUCACCUUUGUGCUCAGACCUGUCCAGAGACCCGCACAGCUGCUGGACUAUGGAGAGAUGAUGCCCAACAAGGAUCCCCCUUCUGGGGUGUGGGGGAACACACUGGAGGAUAUCAUGCAGGACUUACCCUUUUUAGGCAAAGACGGGGGCCUGGAGGAGACCACAGAAUACCCUGAUGACUAUAGCCAGCUGGAGCCGGGCUUUCUCCAGCCAAUGGGCAAGCAGGAUUCCAGAGGGAGUGCUGAGUACCCGGACUGGAGCCUGCUGCCUGGCGACCAGGAAGGUUCGAAUGCAUCUGCUGUUGGAGACGGCCUUAUGGCUUCCGCGGAGAAGCCCCAGGACCCAGAACCCGGUGACCUGGAUCCACAGGCGCUUAGGGAGACAGCUUGGACUCCUGUCCCCAAGCACUAUGCAGACAGCAGCACUGUCACUUUGCUCCUCUCGGUGAGCUCUCCAACUUCAGGAGGGGUUCUAGAGAAAGAAGAAGAGGCUUUCCAGCAUCCAGAACGAGGGAGCAAGACCUCUGGGAAAGAGGUUCUAAUACCUUCCCAUAAUCCUCCUCCCGCCAGCCUGGAGUCCAGCUCAGCUGCCAUGGAGAAAAGCCCAGGCCUCACAGUUACUCUGGGGAAUACAGAACACAGCAUUCCAACACUUGCCCCUAGCACUGCCCCUUCUGGGUCCUCCGCACCUGAGGGACCCCUACCUCUUCCCACUGCUUCCAGGACAGUGAAAGAACUUACCGUGUAUGCUGGAGAUAACCUAAUGAUAACCUUUCCCAACAAUGAAGUUGAACUGAAGGCUUUUGUUGUGCCAGCACCCUCUGCACAAACAGACUACAACUAUGAAUGGAGUUUAAUAAGUCAUCCUGGAGACUACCAAGGUGAAAUAAUACUAGGACACACACAAACUCUUAACCUCUCUCAAUUGUCAGCAGGACUUUAUGCCUUCAAAGUGGCUGUAUCUAAUGACAGUGCCUUUGGGGAAGGAUUCAUCAAUGUCACUGUUAAACCAGCUGCAAGAGUCAACCUGCCACCUGUAGCAGUUGUUUCUCCUCAAAUUCAAGAGCUCUCUCUGCCUGUGACAUCGGCCCUCAUUGACGGCAGCCAAAGUACAGAUGAUACUGAGAUCGUGAGCUACCACUGGGAAGAAGUUCACGGGCCCUUCCUGGAAGGGAAGCUCUCGCUCGACUCCCCUGUCUUGCACCUGUCUAACCUUCUCCCUGGGAACUACACUUUCAGGCUAACAAUUACAGAUUCAGAUGGAGCCACUAACUUUACAACUGCAGCCCUGAUCGUCCACAGUGCUAUGGACAAUCCACCUGUUGCCAAUGCAGGACCGAAUCAGACCAUAGCUUUGCCCCAAAACUCCAUCACUUUGAACGGAAACCAGAGCAGUGAUGACCACCAGAUUGCCCUCUAUGAGUGGUCCCUGAGUGCCAGCAGCAAGAGCAAAGAGGUGGCCAUGCAGGGAGCACAGACUCCCUACCUCCAUUUGUCUGCAAUGCAGGAAGGAGAAUAUACGUUUCAGCUGAUGGUGACGGACUCUUCAGGACAGCAGUCCGUGGCUUUGGUCACUGUGAUUGUUCAGCCAGAACACAACAGGCCUCCAGUAGCUGUGGCUGGCCUAGAUCAGGAGCUGGUCUUCCCUGUGGAAAGUGCCACCCUGGAUGGGAGCAGGAGCAGUGAUGAUCACGGCAUUGUCUUCUACUGCUGGGAGCAUGUCAGAGGCCCCAGUGCAGUGGAGAUGGAAAAUGCCGACAGAGCUGUAGCCACUGUGACUGGUCUUCCGGUGGGCACGCACCACUUCCGGUUAACAGUGAGAGACCAGCAAGGCCUGAGCAGCACGUCCACCCUGACCAUAGCAGUGAAGAAGGAAAAUAACAGUCCUCCCCGAGCCCAGGCUGGCGGCAGACAUGUUCUCGUGCUUCCCAAUAAUUCCAUUACUUUGGAUGGUUCAAGGUCUACUGAUGACCAAGGAAUUGUAUCCUAUCUGUGGACCCGAGAUGGCCAGAGUCCAGCUGCAGGAGAUGUCAUCGAUGGCUCUGACCACUGUGUGGCACUACAGCUCACAAACUUGGUGGAGGGCGUCUACACGUUCCACUUGCGAGUUGCCGACAGUCAGGGGGCCUCAGACACAGACACAGCCACGGUGGAAGUGCGCCCAGACCCCAGGAAGGGUGGACAGGUAGAACUGAUCCUGAACGUCGGCAUUGAGCAGCUGACAGAGCAACAGAAGGACACCCUGGUGAGACAGCUGGCGAUGCUUCUGAACGUGCUGGACACCGACAUUAAGGUGCAUAAGAUCCAGGCCCACUCAGAUCUCAGCACCGCCAUUGUGUUUUCUGUACAGAGUGGGCCACCUUUCAAAGUGCUCCAAGCCACAGAUGUGGCUCAAAAUCUGCACAGGCGUCUUUCCAAGGAGAAGGCGGAUUUCUUGCUUUUCAAGGUCUUGAGGAUAGACACAGCAGGUUGCCUUCUUGAAUGUUCUGGCCAUGGUCACUGUGACCCCAUCACAAAGCGCUGCAUUUGCUCUCGGUUGUGGAUGGAGAAUCUUAUUGAGCGCUACAUCUGGGAUGGGGAGAGUAACUGUGACUGGAGCGUAUUCUAUGUGUCAGCACUGACGCUCACUGCAAUGGCAGGCACCGGAGGGCUGACGUGGCUUUGCAUCUGCUGCUGUAAGAGACGGAAAAGGACUAAAAUAAGGAAGAAAACAAGGUACACCAUCCUAGACAACAUGGAUGAACAGGAAAGAAUGGAACUGAGGCCCAAAUACGGUAUUAAGCACCAAAGCACAGAGCACAACUCCAGCUUGAUGGUGUCGGAGUCUGAGCUUGACAGUGACCAGGAUACCAUCUUCAGUCGAGAAAGGAUGGACAGAGGGAACUUGAAGGUUUCCAUGAAUGGUUCCAUCAGGAAUGGAGCUUCCUUCGGUUAUCGAUCCAAGGACAGAUAAGGGGGCAGCUGGAAGUUGCUGGACAGACCCACAGGAAUCCACAACUCCAGGACCAGUCACAGGGAGCUAAACCACAGAAGCCAGUCUCAUUAGCAUACGCUUCAGCAACGUUGCACAGUGGCUGGAUGUGGUCCACAUACUUAAGGAUGUGGCUUCUUGGAGUUUUUGAGACACCAAACCAAAACAAAACACUGGGAGGCUUCUGGAUAGGAAUAAAGGCAGCAUAGUGUGUCUGUCAGGGGCGCUAUAUUGUAAUGCCCAAAUGAAAACAAAGGUACCACCUGUUACUAUCCCCAGACACUUAGGGAAGUAAGUUCAAGGCUUUAAGGAGGACUGAUGUCCCUCUCCUGUGAUUGCUUUUCAGUACAGCCAUCAAAUGUGGUCUUUCUUGUAAGACCUGCCAAGUUAGAAUGAGGCAUGAACCGUCUCUGGGCAGGGAGCUCUGUGGGCUGUAUGUGACACCCCCACAAGGCAACCCCCCAUCCCCAGUUUCACUGCUUUGCUUAUGAUCAAUGACCCCCCAUGCUGUCUUGAAAGUAGCUGGUGGAAGCUCAUGAGCUAAGUUAGAAUUGUGUUCCAAGGCCAGUAGGCAUCAGAAAUGAUAGCAAGGUUCAAAGUCGAAGACAGCAUUGAACAUUCUUUGUUAUUUUUCUAAGAAAAAAAACCUCACAAGAAAAAAAAAAAUCAACCUCAUGGAGGUCUCUCCCAGUCCUGUUUUACAUUAAGCACAGUAACAAGUGGCUGAAUUCAUUCAACAUUUAUUGAGUAUGCACUAUAGGCCUUCCAUAGAUCAGGGAAGCAACUUAGCAAUUCUGUAUAUAACCCCAAAUACAGUCUCAAAGAAAGUGGUAUGGCCCUGAAGCUCUGACCUUCUACAAAUACCCCCAGAAUCUGUGGACAUAACAUAUUCAGUUCAUACAUUUAAAAAGA